GUUUUCACUUCCUUCACAAGCCUUAAGGUACGAAAACGAGCGUGUGCAGAAAAGAAGAGGAGAAGCACGCUGCAUAAAUACAUACACAAAGAUUGAUUCACCAGUAAUGUUAUAACGAAGAGAUAGAGAUAAAGAGAGAGUUUCUCUGUUUUUUUUUUCCUCAUCUUUCAUCUCCAAUACGUUUUUCUCUGCAACUUCACAGAUUUAACAGACUCGGUUGUUCUAUUGAUUACGGUGACAUGGCUUGGAGGCGUUUGAUUACGCAGGUUGAACGGCAUCAAUCAGAAUUUGGAAAAGUCAAAGGAUUAUUGACUAGAAGCUAUUUAUCUCCUAAUAAGUUUCAAGGCUAUACAAGGAAUAGGCUUCUCUUCUCCCAGGAGAGAUGCCAAUCCAGCUAUCUAGGAAACCUGGCCCGACGACUACGUGAUUCAUCUGAAGCUGAGGAGGAAGUCUCUUAUCUCAAAGAACUUUACCGUCGAAAUGAUCCGGAAGCUGUGAUUAGAGCAUUUGAAAGUCAGCCAUCUCUGCAUACAAAUUCUGCGGCACUUUCUGAAUAUGUUAAAGCAUUGGUGAAAGUUGAUAGGCUGGAUGAAAGUGAAUUACUCCAGACAUUGAGAAGAGGUAUUUCUAAUUCAGUGAGAGAAGAAGAAAGUGGUAUCGGUGGCCUUGCUGUUCUUAGAAAUGUGGGAAAAUCUACAAAAGAUGGAAUUCUUGGAACUGCUGGUGCUCCUAUUCAUAUGGUUGCUGCAUCAGAAGGUGGAAGUUUCAAAGAGCAAAUAUGGCGUACAAUUAGGUCUGUUGCAGUGGCCUUCCUCGUGAUUUCGGGUGUAGGAGCUCUCAUUGAGGAUAAAGGAAUUAGUAAAGGACUUGGUAUGAAUGAAGAAGUGCAGCCCAGUGUAGAGACCAGUACUAAAUUUAGUGAUGUGAAAGGUGUAGAUGAGGCAAAGGCGGAACUUGAAGAAAUUGUUCAUUACCUAAGAGAUCCUAAGCGCUUUACUCGUCUUGGUGGCAAACUCCCAAAAGGUGUUUUGCUUGUUGGCCCGCCUGGCACUGGUAAAACAAUGUUGGCAAGAGCUAUUGCUGGAGAGGCUGGGGUUCCUUUCUUCUCAUGCAGUGGAAGUGAAUUUGAAGAGAUGUUUGUUGGUGUUGGUGCACGAAGGGUGAGAGAUCUUUUUGCUGCUGCAAAAAAGCGGUCGCCUUGUAUAAUCUUUAUUGACGAGAUUGAUGCUAUUGGUGGAAAACGAAAUGCAAAGGAUCAAAUGUACAUGAAGAUGACUUUAAAUCAAAUGCUUGUUGAGUUAGAUGGUUUCAAACAAAACGAUGGCAUAAUUGUGAUUGGUGCUACUAAUUUUCCUGAGUCACUAGAUAAGGCUUUGGUUAGACCUGGGCGAUUUGAUCGCCAUGUUGUUGUUCCCAAUCCAGAUGUAGAAGGACGCCGACAGAUUUUGGAAUCUCACAUGUCAAAGAUUCUGAAGGCGGACGAUGUUGACCUGAUGAUCACUGCUCGGUGUACACCUGGUUUCUCUGGUGCUGACCUUGCAAACUUGGUUAAUGUGGCUGCCCUCAAGGCUGCAAUGGACGGUUCCAAAGCCGUGAGCAUGCAUGAUUUAGAGUUUGCACGGGACAAGAUUUUGAUGGGAAGUGAACGCAAGUCAGCUGUUAUAUCUGAGGAAACAAGAAAGAUGACUGCUUUCCAUGAGGGUGGCCAUGCCUUGGUAGCAAUUCAUUCUGAUGGUGCGCUACCUGUUCACAAGGCAACUAUAGUUCCUCGUGGGAUGGCUCUUGGCAUGGUUUCUCAACUGCCUGACAAGGAUCAGACCAGUCAUUCCCGUAAACAGAUGCUUGCCGAGCUUGAUGUUUGCAUGGGAGGUCGGGUUGCUGAAGAGUUAAUUUUUGGAGAAAGUGAAGUUACUUCUGGUGCAUCCUCAGAUCUUUCAAAGGCAACUAAGCUGGCCAGGCAAAUGGUUACUAAAUAUGGUAUGAGUACUGAAGUUGGACCUGUCACUCACAAUUACUACGAUGAUGGGAGAAGUAUGAGCUCAGAAACCAGAUUGCUUAUUGAGAAAGAAGUGAAGAACUUACUGGAGAGAGCUUACAACAAUGCUAAAACUAUUCUAACCACCCAUGAAAAGGAGCUUCAUGCGCUUGCAAAUGCUCUUCUGGAGCAUGAGACACUUACAGGAAGUCAAAUAAAGGAUUUAGUUGCAAAGGUUAGAUCCCAGCAGCCCCAAGCGCAGUCAAGUGUAGUCGAAUCUCAGGGAAAUUCUCGGCCCAAUCCAGCUGCUGCUGCGGCUGCCGCGGCUGCUGCAGCGGCAGCUUCUGCUGCUGCAAAGGCUCAAGGAGUUGCACCGGUAGGAUCUUAACGUGAAAUAUCAGCGACACAUUAUUCUAAAUAAUCACUACCGGAUUAAUAUGUGCAGAUAGUAAUUUAUUCGGUGUUUUUGUGGUUCCACUUCAGGCCAUGGAACUCAACUCGUGUAUUCUGGGUCAUGCUGACUCCAUAUUUUAGUGAGUUGAAAUAUCUUGUAGGAGUUCCCAUUUAUAUUUUAAUAAUUGUCUUAUUGCUUUUAUAUGGGAUUUUCAUUCGCAAAAACUAUAAUCAUAUAUUUAUUUUAUCCAAAA